AUGUACAAUAAAAUUUUUUUAUUUUUUAUUUUUCUUAGUACAUUUAAACUUUUUGUUUUAUCUAUUACUGAUAAGGAAAGAAGAGAUCUUCAUUUAAUUGUUCAGAAAGGUGACCUAAACAAUGAUUACAUGUUAGACAAGAAAGAGGUAAAAAAUAUUGUUAGAAAAUUAAUAAAGAACGUACCUGAAUAUUAUCCUGGAACGGCACCAUCUCUUGAUGCUAUUGAAGGAGCACUGGUAUUAACGGAAGAUUUAUUUAAAAAAUAUGAUAAAGACAAUGAUGGGAUGUUAUCAUAUAGGGGAACUCUGUUAAAAAAAUCUGAAGCAAUAAUGUUUGGAGAGGUAGUAGAAAAAAUUAUUAUCAACCUCCUCCACGAAAUAGCCAAACUUGAAACCCCAUAUAAAAACUUUAAUCCUUUUGAUUAA